CUUUAAGUAGUCGCCAUUUCUUGUCUCUCGCCCCAGGGGGUAGGACGCUGGAAGCUCCUGUUUUCCGCGGUGUGGCAGAGGGCGGGGCCGGGACUCUGCGCGGGCUGGGAGCCGAGGCGGAGCCCUAGGCCGGGCCCCAGCAGGUGUGGCCAGGCCCUGCAGGUGUGUCAAAGGUUGUGCUGAGGUCUGGGGAUAGGGGAGACGGGCCUUCGCAACUGGGCGGAGUCAGAGACCCUGGAAUCCCCGCCUCCUCCUGGGCUCCCUGACGUUCUUCGGGGUAGAGGGGAGCUGGAGACCGGUAGGCUGGGGGUUCGGGGCCAAGGCGGGUCGGGGCGAGGAGGCCGCCUAUCUGCGUUCCCGAGCCUUUCGAGCAGCGGUGUUUUGCCGCUAGCGUGAGAGGCGGCCCGAGGGAGGCCAGAGGCCACGGGGAGAAAAGCGGGCACGGAGCAGCUAAGGAAAACGACCUCUGUGACGCGAAUCCGCGAUCCGCCACGUAAGGCAGGGGUCUGCAGUGCUGGCUGGUUGAGAUGGGGCUUUUUAAAACCCGAGAGACCUGGGCUUAUAUCCAGCGUCUGCCAGGCACUGGGCAGGAUAAUCUCGAGGCGACUCAGAUACGCGUCUGUGAAGUGAGGCUGUUAUUAACCUGUUGUUAGGUGCCGUGGGGUCGCUUCCGACUGACAGCGGCCCUGUGUACAGCAGAAGGAAGCACUGCCGGGUUCUGCGCCGCCCUCACAGUCGUUGCUGUGUUUUGAGCCCAUCUUUCCAGCCACUGUCGUUAUAUAGUAUAACUUCUAACGUCGUUUUCUGUGUUAAGUAGGAUAGUUUAUAAAGCACAAGGACUGAAUAAAGGCGAGCUUUUAUUAUUACGAGGCAUGCUGUUUUCAUUUUUGAAUCAUUUAAUCAUAAAACCACCCUUCUCGCUAUUACCAUGUUCAUUUUAAUAAAUAAGAGAACUAAAGGUUCAGAGAAAAAUAAAAUUGACUUACCCAGUGUUCUACUUGGUAGGAGCCCUGGCGCAAUGCUUAAGUGCUCAAGGGCUAGGCUGCAAACUGACAGGUUGGCUGCUUGAACCCAUCAGCUCCUGGGGGGUGGGGUGGGUGGAGAAAGACCCAGACAUCUGCUUCCAUAAAGAUUACAGCCUAGGAAACACUAUGGGGCAGCACUACUUGCGGCAUAGUAUCACUGAGUCUGAAUUGACUUGAGGGCGCACAACAACGAUGACAGCAACGGUGGAGUAGCUUCCCCUGCUCUGUCUUCGUAGUUUCUAGCCUUUUCCAAGAGCAGCAGAAAAAUGAACAAAUUUCAGGGACCAGUGACAUUAAGGGAUGUUCUUGUGGAAUUCACCCGAGAAGAGUGGCGAUUACUGAAUCCUGCUCAGAAGACCCUGUACAGGGAUGUGAUGCUGGAAAACUAUAGUCACCUAGUCUCAGUGGGUUAUCAUGUGAAUAAGCUAAAUAAGGUCUUGAAGUUGAAGCAAGGAAAAGAGCCAUGGAUAUUAGAAUUUCCACGUCAAGGCUACCCUGAAGGCCCAUGGAAUACUGAUGACCUAGGAACAAGGUACCAAGAAAGCCAAGAUGAAAAUUCAAGGAAUGGAGAACUCACAGAACAUCAGAAAACUCAUACCAGAGAGAAAACCUGUGAUUGUAAUGAAUGUGGAAAGUCCUGCCAGAAAUCUACCCUCAUCCUACAUCAGCGUUCUCAUUCAGAGGACAAACCACAUGAGCGUGGUGAACAUGGGAAAUCUUUCUCUAGGAAUGGUGACAUCGCAGUACCUCAGAAGACCCACACCAGAGAGAAAACCUAUGAAUGUAAAGAAUGUGAGAAAACCUUCUAUCACCUGUCAUCUCUCAGUAGGCAUAUGAGAACUCAUGUAGGGGAGAAACCCUAUGAAUGUAAUCAGUGUGGGAAAACCUUCUACCAGAAGCCACACCUCACAGAACAUCAGAAAACACACACAGGGGAGAAACCCUUUGAAUGUAAGGAAUGUGGGAAGUUCUUCUAUGUGAAGGCAUACCUCAUGGUACACGAGAAAACACACACAGGGGAGAAACCCUAUGAAUGUAAGGAAUGCAGGAAAGCCUUUUCCCAGAAGUCACACCUCACGGUACAUCAGAGAACACACACAGGGGAGAAACCCUAUAAAUGUAAGGAAUGUGGGAAAUCCUUCUCUAGGAAUACACACCUCAAAACCCAUCAGAGAACUCACACAGGAGAGAAACCCUAUGAAUGUAGUGAAUGUAAAAAAUCCUUCUACCAGAAGUCAGCCCUCACAGUACAUCAGCGAACUCACACAGGAGAGAGACCCUUUGAAUGUAAUAAAUGUGGAAAAAAUUUCUAUUAUAAAUCAGACCUCACUAAACAUCAGAGAAAACACACAGGGGAGAAGCCUUAUGAAUGUCAUGAAUGUGGUAAGUCUUUCUCUGUGAAUUCAGUCCUCAGAUUACAUCAGAGGACUCACACAGGAGAAAAACCCUAUGAAUGUAAGGAAUGUAGGAAAUGCUUCUCUCAGAAGUCACAUUUUAUUGUACAUCAGAGAAAGCACACAGGAGAGAAACCCUAUGAAUGUGAGGAGUGUGGGAAAACCUUUAUCCAGAGGUCAGAACUCACAGUACAUCAAAAGACACACACAGGAAAAAAAUAGUAUGAAUUAGGAAAUUGAUCCUGCCUGAAAUCAUUCUUUGGAAUAACCAGAUAAUUCCACACAAGAGAUAAACCUUAUGAAUAUUAUCAAUGUGGGAAUAUUUUCAGCCACAAUUUUUCAACAAACACAGAGAAAAAUUCUGUGAAUUUAUAAAAGAAUUUACUAAAUAUCCAAAAACAUGGAUGGCAGAAACUCUACCAAUGUUAAACAUGAGGAAAAGGCUUCUUUCAAAAGUCAAGCCUUAUUAUACAACAUAGAUACCACACAGGAGAGAAAUCCUAUUAAUAAAAUUAAUGUCAUAAAGUUUUCUGUCAGGUCAGCCGUUACUAAACAUCUGAGAACUCACAUAGAUGAGACAUUCCUAUCAGUAUCCUAAGUAUUCAGAAACCUUUAUGCACAAGGCAGAUUCAUAUAUUAGAGAACUCAAGGGAGAUGAAUGCAGAGAUUGUGACAAAUAUAGAAGCCUUUAUCAAGAAGUGAUGUUUCAUUGAAUGUCAGAUUACUGAUACUGGGAUGAAACCUUUAUAGGUAUUUUAAAUAUCUGAAAGCUUUUUAACAAAAACUCAGAGAUACAAUGUACUGAGUAAAACAGUUAUACUAGAAGUUAUGUUGCAGAUCUGAUUCCAAGUUUAUUUCAAAGAAACUUGCAAGUGUCUGGAUAUAUGACCCAUUUUUAGAGCACAAGUAAAUUGAAUAAUCAGGCAACAGCAUGUAGCACAGGUGAAGAGUCCUUUAGUGUGUGUGUGAGUGUGUUAUGUUGUGUGUUUGUUAUGCAUGUGAACUCGUCCAUGAUUGUGCAUAGGAAAUAUGUAACCUUAGUUCAAUAACUAUUAUUAUGUGUAUGAAGAUGCUUCGUAUUAAAUCUCAGCAGUGACUCCUGUUGUUAAUAUAAAAAACGCACUUUAAGUGAAAUAUUCUUUUAAAAUUAUAAUGCAUCUUUUUCUCUUAUUUCCUGGCAAAUUAAUGGAUUUGGACAUUGUUACUGAAUUAAUCCUUCAAAAAGGAGCUAUACAAACGUUUUUAUAAAAUUUCCAACUGCCUCAUCAUGAACCACAUUUUGCAUGAGGGGCUGAUUUAUUUAUAGAAAAAACCUGAGUUGAUACGUUUAUAUGCUGCUGAAAACAGCAAUAUUUAUUGCACUGUACAGCAUAAAACUAAAUAGUGCUGUAUAAAGAAAUAUUAUUGUAAUGCUGAUGAUUUAGUAGGGUGCAAAGCUGUCUGCCUUUGUAUUUAGUAUAUGAGAGUUCUAAAUGUUCUUCGCUACCUUUUUCUAACUAGUAUAAGCAACAUGGCGUAGUGAGUAAGAGUGUGGACUUUAGACUCCUGCCUAAACUCAAAUUCCUGAAUGGGGGCAUAGCACUUAACCUCUCUGUGCCUCAGUUUCCUUUUCUAUAAAAGAGUAAUGAUAGUAAUAACAUCUCAGGAUGUUUUGAGGCCUAAAUGAGUUAAUAUUGUUAAAGCACUUAGAAUAGUGUCUGGGAUACAGGAAGAGCUAUAUGUUAAAUAUUACCAUAAUAGUUCCUCUUUCUUGUGUUAUACUGCACUUUUUUUCCCCCAGAGUAACACCCCACUUUAUUGCCGGAAGUGCCUUGAUUUGAUGUGGUUGUCUGUUUUUCCCAUAAGUGAUUUGGUAGCAAAUCCUAAUUAAAGUCAGGGGUUGGCAAACUACAGCCAUGGGCCAAAUGUGGCUCAUUGCCUGUAUUUGUAGUCUGCAAGCUAAGAAUGGUUUUACAUUGAAAAUACUAAUAUUUUGUGAUGUGAAAAUUAUAUGAAAUUUAGUGUCCAUAAAUAAGGUUUUAUUAGAACAAUAACACAAAAUAACAUUUAUUUAUGAAUUGUCUAGGGCUGCCUUCACUCUACAAUGGCAUAAUUGAGCAAUUGUGACAGACCAUCAUAUGGCCUACCAAAUCUAAGAUAUUUACCAUCUACCUUUACAAAAUAAAUUUGCCAACCCCUUAUCUAAGCUAAUCACGGGAAGCCUAUUAUCAGUGAUUCAUUUAUGGUGGGCAUAUGACCUGAAUCUCGCCAACAAAGUAUUUAAGACAUAUUGUGAAGUACUUUGGGGAAGACGUAUGUUACUGCUAUGUCUGGACAUGGUGUCUCUUUGCAUCUUAUUACCCCUGUGGAUAGAAGAACAGAAAAGGGCUAAGUACUUAGAUGAAUGAUGAUGACACUGAAGUGUAGCAUUUCCCAACCCUUGAGCUAUAUAGUAUUUAGGGGAUUUUUGUGAUGUUAGAUCAUAAAUUUUCUGAAAUUUUUAAAAGCAAAUUAGGCUAAAGUUUUCUGUUACAUAGAGCUGAAAAACAUUGCAACUAAUGUAGAAGUAUACUUUUAUAAAUGUUAUGUGUUUCAGAAACGAUGCAUGCAGCAACUUAUGGGUCAGUAGUUUCUCUGAAGUAUGUUUACAUGUUAAAAGCCUAUGUAUUAGAAAUAAAAAUUUUGUUCAAAGAAA